UAUCACAAAUUGUAACGGAACACCGUUUACAACAAAAUGGCUGAACUGUUACUCGAUUCCGACAUCCGACUUUGGGUGUUUCUGCCAAUAGUUAUCAUCACAUUUCUUGUUGGUAUCAUAAGACAUUAUGUUACAAUUCUACUUGCAUCAGAGAAAAAGACUGAACUUGAACAAGUGAAGGAUAGUCAUGCCCUGAUAAGAAGUAGAAUCUUGAGAGAGAAUGGAAAAUAUAUACCAAAGCAUUCUUUUCUUAUAAGAAAGUCAUUUUUCAAUAAUGAACACAAUGGUUACCUGACAAAGGCAAAGACUGAAAGAGAAGCUCCCGUUAAAAAUCCUAUGACAGAUCCCAGUAUGAUGACAGACAUGUUAAAGGGAAAUGUUACAAACAUGCUCCCUAUGAUAGUUAUAGGUGGCUGGAUUAAUUGGGCUUUUUCCGGGUUUUUAACAACCAAAGUGCCAUUUCCUUUGACAUUUAGGUUUAAGCCGAUGUUGCAGAGAGGUGUUGAACUUAUUGCACUGGAUGCUUCAUGGGUGAGUUCAGCAUCCUGGUAUUUUCUCAAUGUAUUUGGACUCAGAAGUAUGUACACGCUGAUACUAGGCCAGGACAAUGCUGCUGACCAGACUAAGGCGAUGCAAGAGCAGUUUUCUGGGGCCGGUAUGGCAGGGCCUCAAGACCCGCAGAAGGCAUUUAAAGCAGAAUGGGAGGCACUUGAGAUCUGUAACCCCCAGUGGGCUCUUCAGGGAGUAGAGGAGGAUGUAACAGGCCAGAUUAUUCCACCAGAAACUAUAUAUAUAAAGGACAAAUUUGCAUAGACACUAGAAUCUCUGUAGGCUACAUAUUUCAAUAUUGAUCAGUUAUGUGUUUAUGUUUUGUCAACAUAUUUGUAUCAUCAAAUAAUAUUAUACACAGGCACUAAUCAAAAGUUUCUGUUAAGACUGUCAAAAAUGAUGAAUACAUUUACAUGCAGAGGAACAAGUGAACAUUUUUAAUACCCACAAAUAUUAAUAACAUAUGGUAAAUUUCUAACUUGUAACCUGGAAUAAAAUGCUAUAGCUAUAGAAGAUAGGUCCAGAAAUUAGGAAUAGAGCAGUUGUAUGGCUUUUAAGUUUUGUAUUAGCAGUAUUUUAUACUUUUGGAAAAAGAUAAUUCUAGGUUUUAAAAUGACUUUGAUGAUGAAUUUGAGAAUUGUUGAUGUUUACAUAUGUUUUUAAAAAAAAAGAUUGUGUAGGCAGCAUUACUAUGGGAGCUAAUUAGUCAAUGAUUUAACCCUUACCAUGCUGGACACGAUUAGUUCUGCUUUUGCGACCAGUGUAGAUCAUGACCUGCACUGUUCCCUAUUCAGCCAGUAUCUUUUUGGUAAGCACACCUUUUCACAAUUAAUGGUACUGUCCAAAUUGGAAGAUGGACAAGUUCAUUAGCAGGUUACGGGUUAAAGCAACAUUUCAUAGUUUAAACAAAUUUUUUGAAAGCAGCUAUCAGUCAUGUAUGAUACAAGCACUUGCUAAAUAUUCCAGAGAUCAUAGAGCUCCAUCUACCUCCGUGCAGGAAUGUUGUCAAACAAUCAUCCCUGCCUCCAAGCAAAUCACAUGACGAUGACAUGCUUGGCAACACUUGGUAAAUCAAAUGCUUGCCAUAAUACUGUGAAAUCAUUAAUAUUUGUGGGCGACUAAUUUUUGUGGUUGGGUCAAUCCACGAAAUUUAAUCCCAAUGAACAAGUAAAAUUCCCAUUCAUUUUAUGUUCAAAAGUUGAAAUCCACGAAUUCAUAUCCCCACGAAAUUGCCGUUUUGACCAAAACCACGAAAUUUCAUGCCCACGAAAUUAAAUGAUUUCACAGUAUACAGACAAAUUGAGAAAUAUGUCACAACCUUUAAGUACAUGAUGAAAGUAUUCAAUGUAUCUAUAUUUUGCAGACUGUACUCAAAAUACUGUCAGAUAAUUAUAUCCAAUUAUAGCGCAAUUUAUAUGUCAUGGCAGUGUGUAUUGUACCGAUAAGGGGAAGUAACACUGUUGUGGAGUUUGAAUGCUCAGUCAGCCAUUUUGUAAUAUAUAGUAUUUGCAGUUUAUAUAUGGUCAAUAUGAAAUAGAUUUAUUAGACAUUUUUAGUGGAAAGUGCUUGCAGCAUUUUAAUAUUCACUAUUCCAGAAUUCACUGUUAGUUGACUGUUUAGUUGUUUCUUAGAUUUAUAACUUAAAAAAGUAUUUUAUACUAGGUUAACUGAAACAGUAUGAAAUGAAAGUAAAAACAGAACAUCAGACAUAAGGUAUGAUUUCUGGUACAUUUGGAUAUGAAGUACAUCACUAGGUUUACAAUUUCAACAUGCUGGUGUAUUUCACAACAAAAUGGGAAUUACUAAACAGUGAAUCAUUAAUAAAUUGAGAUCAAACUGCUUGAAAUAUGUAAUUUUUCUUAUGUUGUGCAAUAUUGACAUUGACUAGAUGCAUGAAUUGAGAAUAAAUGAAAUUACGAAACCA